UUUUGUUUUGUUUUUAAAGAUUUAUUUAUAUCAGUACAUUGCAUCUGUCUUCAGACACACCAGAAGAGGGCAUCAGAUCCCAUUACAGAUGGUUAUGAACCACCACGUGGUUGCUGGGAGUUGAACUCAAGACCUCUGGAAGAGCAGUCAGUGCUCCUAUCCUCUGAGCCAUCUCUCCAGCCCUUGUUUUUAAAUAUAAUACAAUUUAACCCAAAUAACAGAAUUGCAAUAUUUGUACCUGUAAAACAUCAUAAACAACAAAUGUACUAACAGAAUGUCUAUAAAAGUGUAAAAUGUUAAGAGCCAGGUUCUUUGACUGUGAUUGGCAUGAGUUUCACAGAACUACUGCUAAACGCACAAGGUCCAGAAGAGAACUUUAAGCAGGAAUGUGUCAAUCAUUCAGUAUUUCCUAGGUCUCCCAAAGCCUGAGGCUGGUGCUGGGAUGAAGAGCCUAGAGUGACAAAAUUCCUUGAGAAGUUGAUAGUUUAUUGUGAGGCAGAAAAUGUAAACAAUUCUCGUGGCAGGACUAGGUCUGUUUCCAGAGUGAAGUCUGAGGUAGUGUUUAAAGGGCAGCAGGAGCAGCAUCUGAGGUUGGACCAAAACAACCCAACAAGCUUUUGGAAAAGUCUCCCAUCUUUCGGUCCCCCCUUGAUCGCCACUCCUUGCAUGGAGCACAGCCAGGAUGUGAGCAUUAUCUGUCCCAAAGCUAUCGCAGGCCUAGUAAAUCCUUGGGCCUGUUUGGAGAAGAGCCUGCGUCCUUCCCUACCUCCAUGAUGACAGAGCCCUGUGACUACUGGAAGGCUGGAGCAUUUGUCUGGCUACGGAGGACUCCUCCCAGUGUCUCUGAGCCAUUGCCGAGCACAGGUCUACGAAGUCCAUUUCUUCUUCAGGAUGUCAUUGUUGUCUCAGACUCUGUUCUGUUUUGCUCAGAGAUCUGCCUGCCUCUGCCUCCUGGGUGUUGGAAUUAAAGGCGUGCACCACUGCCAUCCUGCUAAGAGAAGCUUCUUUAAUAAAACUACACUUGCCUAUGAGUUAAAGAAUAAGAUUUAGAAAUGCAGCUAGGGACUAUGCUGGUCUAGCAAAGCAGUGUUAGGAGGUUCUCUUCUCAGAUCCAUCGCCUCACUAGCCCCAGGAAGUCAAGCUAGGUUCUAGUACCAGAUGUGGUUCUGCUCCUGUUGCGUGGGCCUUCAGUCCAAUCAGACAGCUGUGAGUUACCACGGUGAUGGGAGUGGCACUAUUGUGUCUUUAUGGAUAUCCUGCCGUAACACUGCUGUGAGUCAUAGGUGUGUCAGGUGGGUAAGUGCCUUACCUUCUUGAACUUUAAGAUGGAGACGAUAGGAUCCAUCUCUUGGAGGUGGGAGCUCCUCAGGGAAUUCGAGUCUAAUAGAUGUUAGCUGUCACCACAGCCAUCAUCAUCAUGACCAUCUCACUUAUCCCCAUCAUAAUCACCCUCCACCAGCAUCAACCGCUCUGGCAUCUCCUUUCUUAUUUGCUUUCUCUGUUCUCUUUGCUUUGCUUCUCUCUACAGAGCAUCCCACCAGAACUUCAAAAUUCAUGCUUAUAGGACCCCAUUUCUCUGUUUUGCUUACUGGGGUUAAAAUUCUGAAGCACAGGGCACAGACUGAAUACCUGAAGACACAAGCAAUGAUCUUGUCAAAGACGUUAUCAAUGACCCUUCCCAGAUAUGUAUUUACUCUGUAGCCCAGGCUAGUCUAGAACUCAUUAUAUGGCCUAGGCUAACCUCAAACUUGUGCUAAUCCUCUUGCCUCAGAUUCUCAAGUGCCAGACUAGAAAGUACAAGCUGCCUUGUCUACAUUUUAUUUCACUGCCCAUUCAAGCUGUUAAACAGUUAACCUCAUUUUUGUGGUUUUAAAAACUACAUUCAAAAUGUCUUUUCUUCUGAAAAUGCCAAAUAAUAUAAAAGUAGACAAAAGUGAAUACUAGAAUCCUCUCCUCCCACUUCUUAGGGUUAAAUGCCUUUAUUACUACAGUAUACGUUCUCCUGGGCACUUUUCAUUACACACAUUUAAAAAAAAGUAACGUGUGUAUGUGUGUAUGUGUGUAUGUGUGUAUGUGUGUAUGUAUGUAUGUAUGUAUGUAUGUAUGUAUGUAAUAUUUGUGUGGGUAUGUGCAUAUGCCAGUGUGUGUGUGUGUGUGUGUGUGAGAGAGAGAGAGAGAGAGAGAGAGAGAGAGAGAGAGAGAGAGAGAGAGGAUCACUUGCAGGAGUCAAUUCUAUCCUUCCACCAUGUGGAUUUCUUGAGUAGUCAGGCUUAGAAGCAUGCACCUUUAUCUCACGAGCCAUCUUCCAUAAUUUUGUAAAAUUUUAAAAGCCAUGUUUUUAAAAAGUUGUGGUCAAAUCACUUACCAAGUUUAGUAUCUUGGUCAUUUUUAAGUGUACAGUUCCAAUGUUAACUUACAUUGAUGAGAAACAAUAUUUUUGUCUUGCAAAUCUCAAACUCUGAACCCAUUAAAUAACUCUUUGCUUUUCUUCCUACUUUUAACAACCAUUCUAUUUUCUACAUCUAUAAAUCUGAUUCACUCAACAGCCUCACAUAAGACAAGGGUGCGUAGAGUAGUUCUCCUCUAACUGGCUAACUUAUUUGGCAGAAGGUCCUCAAGGUUUAUCCAUAGCAUUUGCCUGAAUUUCCUUCCUUUAUAAAGCUGCUUACUACCCCACUGUAACUUCCACUCUAUUUAUCAGUUCAUCACCUUAAAAAGCUUGUUUCUGAUGAUUCUAUAAACCUACGUGGGACAAUACCUUGAAAAGAGAAAGGAAAUAUAACGGUUAAUAUUAACCAUCCACUUGACAGGAUCGAGAGUGUCCUGGAGGAGGGCCCUUGAGCUGCCCUUGGGUGAUUGUCUCUCUUGGGUCGAUUGAUGUGGGAAGACAUCCUACGUGGGCAGGACCAUUCUCUGGUAUGGGAUCCUGGCAUGUAUAAACUGAAGAAAGCGGCUUCACACUAGCAAACACUCACUGUCUUCUGCUUCCUGAAAGUAGAUGUAACGUGACCAGCUGCUUCAAGUUCCUACUGCCUUCACUCUCCCACCAUAAAGGACUAUAUCUUGAACCAUGGUGCAGAAAACCAAAAACAAAACCCUUUUCCCUAAAGUGGCUUUUGUCACCGUAUCAGGAAAAGAAACUAAGAGAGGAAGAAAGAAGUGAGGAAUGAGUUUUAUUCUUUAACUGGGAAUGUGGUUAAACAGUAAAGUUAGUAUGCCAACAUCAUGGGUUUAACUCUUAGGAAAAAGAAAGAGGAAAGAAGUCAUUUCCAUGGCUCUGAGGUUUGUGGUCUGGACAGAAAAGAUUCUGGAUAGGGAGGCCAAUCUAGAAGGGUUUUGCAAUAGUUAGGAUGACCAAAAGACCAAGGUAGAUACUAUGGAGAUUGAAAAGGAGUGGAUGAAACAUUUGGAGACAAAAGAGGGUGAGGGCAAAGCAAAAAGGAUUUCUCAGAUUUGUCAUUUGUGGAUUAGGUGUGUGACAGAUGUGGGUAACUAAGAGGAACCUUGAGAUCUUUAGUUCUUCAUGCGGAUAGAGGAUGCUUGCUUAGUGCUUUGUUAAUUUCUAAGCAUCAGCAUCUGUCUUAAUGUUUCCAUUGCUGUAAACAGACACCAUAACCAAGGCAACUUUUUAAAGGACAUUUACUGGGGUUGGUUUACAGGUUCUGAGGCUCAGUCCAUCAUCAUCAAUGAGAAAAGUAAUAGAUAUGCUUAAAUUUGGAAGCCUAACUAAAGCUUUGUUCUAAGAGUUCUUUCAAAAAACAGUAUUGUUUAGUAACGUGUCAGAUUAUGUUUCUCGUACCAGACAGAAGAGAACAAAUCAGAACAGCUUUCUGUCCUCGUGGAAAGUGGGGGAGACAAUAAACAUAGGUAGUUAUCAUGAAGAAACUGACAGGUAUGGUGGCACACACCUGUCAUCUCAGUAUUUGAAAAGUUGAGCCAGGAGGAUUUCCAAUGUGAGGCCAGCCUGAGCGGGCAUAGGGAGACUCUGAUUUAGAAAACAAACCCACCAACUAUGCUAACCAAACCAAAUAAUCAAACAUGGGGUUAGUGGUGGGAAUAAUGGGAAAGGCCAAGAAGCAGUCAGGAUGGAAGCGACUUAAGAUUUCAAGAAAGGCCUCUGUGACAGGGUAGGACAUGAACGGGUCUAGAGGAAGGGUAAAUGGUGUGCUAGUUGCCCACCCGAGAACGGAAGAAGGGCACACAAAAGAUCCGUUGAACCCGAGACGUCUAUUAGCCUAGGGUUUCGAGCGAGCGAUCAAGCAGACCCUAGGGGUUGGCAUCCAGUUCAGGCUUCCACUUAAAUACUAGGCGACUCCGGUCACGCGCUCCGCACUGUGCUAAGCGCCGGGGGCACCUACAUGACAGGGCUGUGCUGGCGUGGUAAAAGCCGUCGUUUCCGGGCGCUGUCUGAGACCACAGAGACCAUGAGAAAGGUUAUGGAGAGCGAAGACGGCCUGGCUUACAGUCGAGCUCGACCCAGGGAGCCGACUCCAGCCCGGGCGGCGACCGACUCGCGAGCUGCGUCACAAAGCACCUAGUGGACGCUCGAUUCUGGAGCAGCGCGGCGCGGCCUGUCCCUCAGAGCCGCAGGAGGUGGGCGGCGCGCCCACCAAGGGCACGCGACGCGCCCACCAAGGGCACGCGACGCCCUCUGCAGGCCGCGGGCGGCAACACACUGGGGCCCCGCCUCAACUGUAAAUAUCGCGAGAUCUGGAGGCGCGGCUACCAUGGCGGCGGCGUUUGAAGCUCUACCGGCCUCGACAACCUCCGAAUCCGCUAUGGCGGCGGAGCUUGAGGCCGCACCGGUUCCGGCUGCGGAGCCAACUCCCGCCUCCCCGUGGAACCUGCGGACCGCUCACGACAUCGGCGGGCCGCGCACACGUACCGGGGACGUGGUGCUGGCGGAGCCUGCGGACUUCGAGUCGUUGCUGCUGUCGCGGCCCGUGCUGGAGGGGCUGCGGGCGGCCGGCUUCGAGAGGCCCUCUCCCGUGCAGCUCAAGGCCAUCCCGCUGGGGCGCUGCGGGCUUGAUUUAAUUGUUCAAGCUAAAUCUGGCACUGGAAAAACUUGUGUAUUCUCCACCAUUGCUCUGGACUCCCUUAUUCUUGAAAACUAUAGUACUCAGAUUUUGAUAUUGGCUCCCACAAGAGAAAUUGCUGUUCAGAUACAUUCUGUUAUCACAGCCAUUGGAAUAAAAAUGGAAGGAUUAGAAUGUCAUGUCUUUAUUGGAGGGACUCCAUUAUCGCAAGAUAAAACCAGACUUAAAAAGUGUCAUAUUGCUGUUGGCUCUCCUGGUAGAAUUAAACAGCUCAUAGAACUUGACUACCUGAAUCCAGGCAGUAUCCGUCUCUUUAUUCUUGAUGAAGCAGAUAAGCUUUUAGAAGAAGGCAGUUUCCAGGAGCAAAUAAAUUGGAUUUACUCCUCUUUGCCUGCCAGUAAACAAAUGUUGGCAGUGUCUGCUACUUACCCUGAAAUUUUGGCUAAUGCUUUGACAAGGUAUAUGAGAGAUCCCACUUUUGUAAGAUUGAAUCCCAGUGAUCCAAGUCUGAUAGGUUUGAAGCAGUACUACCAAGUUGUCAACUCUUACCCUUUGGCUCAUAAGAUUUUUGAGGAAAAGACUCAGCACUUACAGGAACUUUUUAGUAAAAUCCCAUUUAAUCAAGCCUUGGUGUUUUCUAAUUUGCAUAGCAGAGCUCAACACUUGGCUGAUAUCCUCUCUUCUAAAGGUUUUCCUACUGAAUGCAUUUCAGGUAACAUGAAUCAGAAUCAGCGCCUUGAUGCUAUGGCUAAACUGAAGCAGUUUCAUUGCAGAGUCCUCAUUUCUACAGAUUUGACUUCCCGUGGGAUUGAUGCGGAGAAGGUGAAUCUAGUUGUAAAUCUGGAUGUGCCGUUAGACUGGGAGACUUACAUGCAUCGAAUUGGCAGAGCUGGCCGUUUUGGCACAUUGGGACUGACAGUGACCUACUGUUGUAGAGGGGAAGAAGAAAAUAUGAUGAUGAAAAUUGCCCAGAAAUGUAAUAUCAACCUUCUCCCUUUACCAGAUCCUAUUCCUGCUGGCUUGAUGGAAGAAUGCUUGGAUUGCGAUGUGGAAGUUAAAGCUGCGAUGCACACUUACAGCUCACCAAGUAUAUCUACCCAGUCCCCCAAAAAGCAAGUUCAAAAACCAGAGCGAGCCUUCCAGUCUCAAAGAACUCCUGGUAGCCAUAUGCCUUCCCCCAGAAACACUUCUGUAUCUACACUGUCAGCCAAAUCAAAGCACGGCAAACAAAAGCUUCCUGUGAAAAGCCACUCAGAGUGUGGGAUCCUAGAAAAGGCAGCUCCACCACAGGAGUUGGGCUGUACCACACAUCCGGAAGAGCAAGUUAAGAACUCUGUUCAGACCUCUACUGAGGAGUCCUCCAGUAACAGCCUGCACCAGGCCAAAGAGACCUCACCUGGGUCACUCCCUAAGAUUCCUUGUCUGUCUUCCUUUAAAGUCCAUCAGCUGAGUGCUUUGACUUUUGCAGAACUGGUAGAAGAUUAUGAACACUAUAUUAAAGAGGGCUUAGAGAAACCUGUGGAAAUUAUCCGGCACUACACAGGACCUGGGGCUCAGACUGUGAAUCCUCAGAAUGGUUUUGUGAGAAACAGAGUUUCUGCAGACAGAGUGCAGAUGUUGGUGAGUAGUAGCCAGUCUGGAGACUCAGAGAGUGAGAGCGACUCUUGCAGCUCCAGGACUUCUUCCCAGAGCAAAGGCAAUAAGUCUUACUUGGAAGGCUCUUCUGACACUCAGUUGAAAGACUCUGAAUGUACUUCUGUGGGUGGCCCUCUGUCUUUGGAACAAAUUCAGAAUGGAAAUGAUACCUCGACUCAAGUGGAGUAUCAAGAAUCCCCUGAAACCCAGGUAAAGGCAAGGCAUAAAGAAGGUGCUAACCAAAGGUCUAAACCAAGUCGGAGAAACCCACCACGGCGCUCCUCCUACCGAGUACAGACAGAAGCCCAGGAAGAGGGUUGGCAUGACUGUCACAGGGAAACAAACGCGAGUUCUUCAGAUCCCUACCAGGAUUAUGAGGAGUACUGGAGAGCGUAUUACAGGGCAUGGCAAGAAUAUUAUGCUGCUGCUUCCCAUUCAUACUAUUGGAAUGCUCAGAGACAUCCGAGCUGGAUGGCUGCCUAUCAUAUGAAUACAGUUUAUCUACAAGAAAUGAUGCGUGGUAACCAGUGAGGUUAGCAUGUGCCUGAGACUGUUGACUGUCAACAGAUCAUUAGAUACACAUUCUUCACCUAGAGCAAGUAGGAUUCGGUGGCAUUUUGGAGGAACUUGAGAGGACUUGAGGCUUUCUACUGGGACACAAUUAUUUUUCAGAUUAUUUUUAGAACUUGGCUCUAAAGACCCCCCCAAGGUGCCACUUCAUGUAGGCUGGUCCCAAAAGAAACCUUUAAAUAGGUGACAUAUGCCACUCCUUACUUAAAAAACAAAAUAAAAACAGUUAAAAUUUGAA